AUGUCACUUUCCGGCAAGAUGACGCUCAUCACAGGGGGCGGCAAGAAUCUUGGUGCGCUGAUCGCCACCCUCUUCGCGGCCGAGGGGUCUAAUUUGGCUCUGCACUACAACUCUUCGUCGACGCGAAAGGCCGCCGAGGCCCUCGCCGCAGACCUCUCCUCCAAGCACAAGGACGUCAGGGUCAAGGUGUACCAAAGGGACCUGACCACCGCGGCAAAUGUCGAGACACUAUUCAACAGCGUCGCCUCAGACUUUGGCCCGAAGCUGGACAUCGUGAUCAACACGGUCGGCAUGGUUCUCAAGAAACCACUCGUCGAGAUCUCCGAGAAGGAAUACGAUACAAUGUUCGCGAUCAACUCCAAGGCGGCUUUCUUCAUCACCCAGGAAGCCGCUAGGCGGAUCAGCGACGGCGGCAAGAUCAUCAACACGGUGACUAGCCUCCUAGCCGCGUACGCGCCGUCCUAUACCUCCUACCAAGGGAGUAAGAGUCCCGUGGAGUGGUUCACCAAGGGGCUGAGCAAAGAGUUGAUGCCGAGGGGUAUCAGUGUCAACGCGGUCGCUCCAGGGCCGAUGGUUACAUUCUUCUACGGCCAGGAGACGCCCGAAGCAGUCGAAUUUCACAAAUCCAACGCCAUCGGCGGCCGACUCACAGACAUCAAGGACAUCGCUCCGAUAUACACGUUCUUGUGCACCGAAGGGGCCUGGAUCAAUGGCCAGACGAUCUUCGCCAACGGAGGAUACACGAGUCGCUGA